UUUCACUUCUCAUUCCCAUUUCAUUUACAUUAAUCUUUUUUUUUUGAACUCGAGACCUCACAAUUUAUAUGUUUACGAUGCCGACACGAACCGUAGGAACAAUAAAACAAGAUUGGGAACCCGUGGUUCUCCACAAAACCAAACCCAAAGCACAAGACCUCCGUAACCCAAAAGCAGUAAACCAAGCCCUCCGAACCGGAGCAGAAGUGUUAACAGUUAAAAAACCAACAGCCGGUUCGAACAAAAAAGCAACGGCCGGACCGGUUUUAAACGCGAGGAAACUAGAUGAAGCGGCUGAACCGGCAGCGUUAGAGCGGGUUGGUGGAGAAGUGAGACACGCGAUACAGAAAGCGCGUUUGGAUAAGAAGAUGAGUCAGGGUGAUUUGGCGAAAUUGAUUAAUGAAAGGGUUCAGGUUGUUCAGGAGUAUGAGAAUGGUAAAGCUGUUAUUAAUCAGGGUGUUUUGGGGAAAAUGGAGAGGGUUUUGGGGGUUAAACUUAGGGGUAAAAUUGGUAAAUAAAAUUGUGUUUUUAGGGUUUUUUUUUUUGUGGCGAUGUAUGGAAAUGUUGUGUUUUUUGUUGGAUCUAUGAUGAUUGUAAUGGAAUCUUUUAUUUUAUGUUAAUGUAGAUAAUGUUGUGGUUGUUAUCUAUCAACAGUUUUUUACUUUAUUUUCUUUUUCUUUUUUUUCUUUUGCAAAAGACAACUAAUUCGGAAUAUCGAUUUACUGUAUGUUAGCAGGAUCUAUUUAAAGUAAGAUCAAAUUUUUGUUUGAACUACGGAUACGACACUCACAUGGAUAUUUAAAAACGAGAAAUAUGAUGAAUUGGUUGAAGAUAAACUUGGAUUUCGUUCAUGAUUAACUAAGAUCUGAGUUCGUUUUCAUUAAUCCAAACUCCAAAGGCCAACGUGGUUGUGGUGAAUCUUUCAUGCAAAAAACCAAGUACUGGAGCCUCUAAGGAAGGAAAUGGUUGAAAUUGUCAUUCAACUAGGUGUUGAUUCACACUUAUGAAGUAUUUCUUUCAGGAUUGCUUGUUGAGCAUGCAAAUACAACAAUUGGAUUUCUGUAAUUUUGCUUGUGAGUACAGAGGAAAAUAAAAGCUUUGGCACUGAUAUGGUUUCAGUAUGAAGUUCUCUGAAGCUGAUGCUGUAAGGCUUAAGACAACAAUAUGUACUAGCAUAUCAUUUGUUGAGAUAAUUCUUACUUCAUUCAUGUAAAAAAAUUGUAUUGUGGAUACUGUAUAAUUUGUAGGUUGAGAAAAUCAAUAAAAUAAUUUACCCUUUUAUUUAACAAUCAA